GAGAGUUGACGUAAUCUGCGAUCCAUCAAUUCUUUUCGCUUGUGUGCAGAUAGGCGUCCGCCUCGUCCCUCGACUGGAAAAUAAACUCGUCAAGGAGCCGCUGAUUACAGGUCCAUCCGGUGGAGGAUACCGCUAUAAUGGGUGUUUUUCACCAAACUGGACUUCAUAACAGUUUUCGUGCUCGCGGAUUUUAAAUAAUAAAAAAACAACACAUCUUGACACUCGCUAGCUCACGAUAGUCCUCGCCACUGUCCUAUGGUGUUGUCUCGGUGACAGUCUUCAAACUAUGUGUCUACGACUGGACACUUGUAUCCUCCAGACAGACACCGGAGGUUGGGUAGCUCCGUCUCGUGCCGGAGAGGGAAGUCAAACCCGUUCACGUUUCAUGGCGCGAGCGUGCAAUACAAUCUAACACUUCUGCGACCUUUUGAAACUGUGAACCCGUUUGGAUGAAAUGUUUAAAUCCUGACCCCCUCCAGGGUAAACACCGGGGACAUGGGGUCGAGUCUGCGCUGCUGAAAUAAGAAGGCAGCUCCUCCCUGCGCGGUUCCACAACACACAGCAGCAGCGGGGGAUUAGCCGACUUCUAUCAUCGGACAAUCUCGUUUAAAAAAAAAAACGGGAAAUGAAGCCCUCUGCCUGCACGGAAUGACCAGCGUUGGAGGGAUAUACAAGAAAUUUCACUGGGAGACUGUCCUAAACCACAAACAUGUCUGGGGCAUCUGUAAAAGUUGCUGUUCGAGUCCGGCCCUUCAACUCCAGGGAGAUGGGCAAGGACUCAAAAUGUAUCAUUCAGAUGCAAGGCAAAACUACAACUAUUCUUAACCCCAAAGCCCCAAAGGAACCAGCAAAGACCUUCAGUUUUGAUUACUCCUACUGGUCACACACUACGCCGGAAGACACGAGUUUUGCAUCACAGAACCUUGUGUACAAUGACAUUGGCAAGGAAAUGCUGGCACAUGCAUUCGAGGGCUACAAUGUCUGCAUCUUUGCUUAUGGUCAGACAGGAUCGGGCAAAUCCUACACCAUGAUGGGCAGGCAGGAGGAGGGGCAGGAAGGCAUCAUUCCCAUGCUCUGUGAAGAUCUCUUUGAGAAGAUCAAUGAGCACACCAAUAAAGAGCAGCUCUCCUACUCAGUAGAGGUCAGUUACAUGGAGAUCUACUGUGAGCGGGUGCGAGAUUUACUGAACCCUAAAAACAAAGGGAAUUUACGAGUGCGAGAGCAUCCACUACUGGGGCCCUAUGUGGAAGACCUGUCCAAGCUGGCUGUCACCUCCUACACAGACAUUGCUGACCUGAUGGAUGCUGGCAACAAGGCUAGAACUGUGGCUGCCACCAACAUGAAUGAGACCAGCAGUAGGUCCCAUGCUGUUUUCACCAUCGUCUUCACACAGAAGAAACACGACAGCGAAACCGAUCUCUCCACGGAAAAGGUCAGUAAAAUUAGUCUGGUAGACUUGGCAGGUAGUGAACGAGCAGACUCCACUGGAGCUACAGGUACCAGGCUAAAGGAGGGAGCAAACAUCAACAAAUCUCUCACCACGUUAGGAAAGGUCAUCUCUGCCUUGGCUGAAGUGAGCAAGAAGAAGAAGAAGACUGACUUCAUCCCGUACAGAGACUCUGUUCUGACAUGGCUGCUGAGGGAGAACCUCGGUGGAAACUCGAGAACAGCCAUGGUAGCUGCCCUCAGUCCUGCAGAUAUCAACUAUGAUGAAACUCUCAGCACGCUCCGCUAUGCUGACCGAGCUAAGAGCAUCAAAUGCAACGCUGUCAUCAAUGAGGAUCCCAACAAUAAGCUGGUGCGUGACCUGAAGGAUGAAGUGGCUCGACUGAAGGAACUUCUCCGUGCCCAGGGUCUGGGAGACAUCCUGGACAUUGAUCCUAUGGGAGAUGAUUGCCCAGGAAGUGGAAUCAAAUCCCCUAUUGGUUCCCUGACAGCCUCACCAUCCUCUGGCUCACUGUGUAACCAGGGGCUUCUUCAGUCGGUCACCAGCAUCCAGGAGCGCAUCAUGUCCACCCCUGGAGGCGAGGAGGCUAUCGAAAGACUGAAGGAAUCAGAAAAGAUCAUUGCUGAGCUCAAUGAAACCUGGGAAGAGAAACUGCGAAAGACUGAGGCAAUCCGCAUGGAGAGGGAAGCCUUGCUUGCAGAGAUGGGUGUGGCAAUCCGUGAAGAUGGAGGCACUUUGGGGGUCUUCUCUCCGAAAAAGACUCCCCACCUGGUUAACCUGAAUGAGGAUCCCCUCAUGUCCGAGUGUCUGCUCUACUACAUCAAAGACGGAAUUACAAGGGUGGGUCAGGCCGAUGCUGAAAGACGACAGGACAUCGUUUUAAGUGGUGCUCAUAUCAAGGAAGAGCACUGCAUCUUCCGCAGCGAGAGGAACGCCAAUGGCCAUGUUAUCGUCAUGCUGGUGCCCUGCGAGGGAUCAGAAACCUACGUCAACGGCAAGCGUGUUGAGGAUUCAAUCCAGCUUCGUUCAGGUAACCGCAUCAUUAUGGGAAAGAACCACGUAUUUCGGUUCAACCACCCAGAACAGGCCCGAGCUGAGAGGGAGAAAACGCCAACGGCUGAAACCCCUGUCGAGCCGGUGGAUUGGACCUUUGCUCAGAGAGAGCUUCUGGAGAAGCAGGGCAUCGACAUGAAGCAGGAGAUGGAGAAAAGGCUCACGGAGAUGGAAAUCUUGUACAAAAAGGAGAAGGAGGAAGCAGACCAACUUCUGGAGCAACAGCGACUGGUGUACGAGAGCAAAUUGCAGGAACUUCAGAAACAGGUGGAGACUAUUUCUCUGGUCGCUGAGACACCUGAUGAAGAAGAGUUGGAGGAGGAGGAUGAAGAGGAAGUGCCGUGGACUCAGCAUGAGUUUGAGUUGGCUCAGUGGGCUUUCAGGAAGUGGAGGUACCAUCAGUUCACCUCUCUUCGUGACCAGCUGUGGGGGAAUGCUGUCUACCUGAAGGAGGCCAAUGCCAUUAGUGUAGAGCUAAAGAAGAAAGUCCAGUUCCAGUUUGUCUUGCUGACGGACACUCUGUACUCUCCACUGCCCCCCGAGCUCCUGCCCUCGGAGCCUGAAAAAGAGCGCGACUCCAGGCCUUUCCCACGCACCGUGGUGGCUGUAGAAGUUCAGGACCUGAAGAAUGGAGCCACGCACUACUGGUCCCUUGAUAAACUCAAGCAGAGGCUGGAACAGAUGAGAGAGAUGUAUGACCGUGCUGGAGAAAUGGCCUCCACAAACCAGGAAGAUGGCGAGGGCACUCUGACGGGAAAUGACCCCUUCUAUGAUCGCUUUCAUUGGUUUAAACUUGUGGGGAGAGCUUUCGUGUACCUGAGCAACCUGCUGUACCCUGUACCACUGGUGCACCGUGUUGCCAUAGUAACGGAGAAGGGCGAGGUGCGUGGGUUCCUGCGCGUGGGGGUCCAGGCUAUAGCUGCUGAUGAGGAGGCCCCAGACUACGGGUCAGGAGUUAGACAGUCAGGAACUGCCAAGAUUUCCUUUGAUGAUGAGUAUUUCAAAAAGAAUGACUUUCCUGCCACGGUUAUGACUCGCUCCGGCUUGUCCCUGGAAGAGCUGCGCUUUGUGGAGGGUCAGGGCCAGAGUUCAGAGGUCAUCACACCCCCAGAGGAGCUCAACAGAAUCAAUGACAUGGACCUGAAGCUUGGUAAUAUCGCAGAGAAUAAGCUAAGUUGUGGUGAUGGUCUGCCAGGCCAGCUGGAGGUGGGCAGCAUCUUUACCUUCCGUGUUACUGUGCUCCAGGCCAAUGGUGUCCCGCCAGAGUACGCUGAUAUCUUCUGCCAAUUUAAUUUCCUGCAUCGUCAUGAUGAGGCUUUUUCCACUGAGCCUCUGAAGAACACUGGCAAAGGAGCUCCUCUGGGCUUUUACCACGUCCAGAAUAUUUCAGUUGAGGUUACGGAGUCCUUCAUUGAGUACAUCAAGAGCAAGCCCAUUGUGUUUGAAGUGUUCGGCCACUACCAGCAGCACCCGCUGCAUUUUCAUGGCCAGGACCUGAUUAGUCCACCAACACCGUCGAGGAAAUACUACCCUAUUCCCAUGCCUCUGUCUAAACCAGUUGCAGCUACCAAGUUGAACACCAUCACCAAGUCCAACCUGGGUCAAUGCGUCAGCAAAUACGACCUGCUGGUCUGGUUUGAGAUCAGCGAACUGGAGCCUACCGGAGAGUACAUCCCAGCUGUAGUGGAUCACAGUGGAGGACUGCCCUGCAAUGGCACCUACCUACUGCACCAGGGCAUCCAGCGGAGGAUCACUGUGACUCUCAUCCAUGAGAAGGGAAGCGAGCUCCACUGGAAGGACGUUCGCGAGCUUGUAGUGGGUCGGAUCAGGAGCAAGGCUGAAGUGGACGAAAGCGCCGCUGAUGCUGUCCUGUCCCUCAACAUCAUUUCUGCCAAAAACAUUAAGUCGUCCCACAACUCCAACAGGACGUUUUACCGCUUCGAGGCAGUGUGGGACAGCUCCCUGCACAACUCUCUCCUGCUAAACCGAGUCACUCCUUAUGGAGAGAAGAUCUACAUGACCCUGUCUGCAUAUUUGGAGCUGGACCAUUGCAUCCAGCCUGCUAUUAUUACCAAAGACAUCUGCAUGGUGUUCUACUCCCGAGACGCAAAGAUCUCCCCUCCCCGUUCCCUCAGGAACCUCUUUGGGAGUGGAUACUCUAAAACCCCUGACUGCAAUCGAGUCACUGGCAUCUAUGAGCUGGGCUUAUGCAAAAUGUCUGACUCUGGAAGCCCAGGGAUGCAGCGGAGGCGGAGAAAGAUUCUGGACACAUCUGUGGCUUAUGUGCGUGGAGAAGAAAACCUGGCUGGCUGGAGGCCCAGAGGAGACAGUCUCAUCCUGGAGCACCAAUGGGAGCUGGAGAAAAUGGAGCAGCUGCAUGAGGUGGAGAAGACUCGUCACCUGCUACUGCUGAAGGAGAAGCUUGGAGAUGAUGCUCCCCUGGGAACAGCUCCCACCACCAAGUCCCUGAGCGAGUUGCUAUCCCCCAGCAUGAGCUCCGGCAGCCUGUCCACCUCCACCUCCAUCUCCUCGCAGAUCUCCAGCACCACCUUUGAAAGCGCCAUCACGCCCAGCGAGAGCAGCGGUUAUGACUCGGCCGACAUAGAGAGCCUGGUGGAUCGUGAGAAGGAGCUGGCCACUAGGUGCCUGCGCCUUCUGACACAUACCUUCAACAGUGAAUAUAACCAAGUGGUCAACAGUAUUAGUGACUGCAAGCUGUCUGACAUCUCACCGAUGGGACGUGACCCAUCAGUGACCAGCUUCAGCAGUGCCACUCUCACCCCCUCCUCCACCUGCCCUUCUCUGUCUGACUCCCGCUGUGGUUCCAUAGACCAGAGGACCCCAGAGAACAGCUCCCGUGCCUCCAGCCCCUCCUGCUCUGACUAUGAAAACUUCCCCAUGGUUCCGACUCUGGAGACCUCCUAUCUUGCACGGGCUGGAAAGAACGAGUUCCUCAACUUGGUGCCUGAUAUUGAAGAAAUGAGGCCAGGAUCGGUAGUUUCUAAGAAAGGUUUCCUAAGCUUCAUGGAGCCGCGCUCCAACUCGUGGGUGAAGCACUUUGUGGUUGUGCGCCGGCCCUACGUCUUCAUCUACAACAGCGACAAGGACCCGGUGGAGCGGGGUGUCCUCAAUCUCUCCACAGCACAGGUGGAAUACAGUGAAGACCAGCAGGCCAUGCUCAAGACUCCCAACACAUUUGCUGUGUGCACAAAACAUCGAGGAAUUCUGCUGCAGGCCAACAACGAGAAAGACAUGAACGACUGGCUGUAUGCCUUUAACCCUCUGCUAGCAGGAACAAUAAGAUCUAAGCUGGCAAGGAGGCGCAGUGGCCUGAUGAAGAACUGAGUGGCUUGAAUGGCACAAAGGAAACCACGGCUUCCAUUGUCUCCAGCAAGCCUUUUGAACAUACCAAGUGUUAACACUUACUGUAUUAAUCAUUGUGAUUCUUGACAGUUUUCUCUUGUAAGUAGACUUGUGGUUUAAGUCUCCUUUCACGCGACUAAAAGUUUCAGUUCCAGAGAAAUUUGCCUCCCCCUCGCCCUCCUACAACUCUGUCAGCUUAGCUUUCCUCCUCUCUAUUUCUCUUCCCCUCCUCCUCUUCGACUUUUUGUGUUUUGGUUUUUAUGACACUGUUUCGAUCUAUUUUGGUUCCGCUUUGUCGUCAUUCCCCAACUCCCUAACUAGUAGCAUGUUGUAAUAGUCUACUUGUGUGUGCACGAUUCUUCAGAAAAUGUUCUUUCUGGCCACUAAUUUUCAGUUUGCCAAUCAUCUGUAAAGAAAUUGUCUCUAUCAGUGUUAUUUGUUUCCCGAGACUAGUUUGAUUUCAAUUUUUGGUCUUUGGUUUAGUUUUUUAAUUAAGAUGCCUGCAUGCUAACUGCAGCAGUCCUCGGGAGAUGAACAGGUUUGCUUCAUCAAAGAAAUUAAAACACAUCCGAUAACUUACAGUUGAAACCAUGAAGGGAAAAUAUACAAAAGCAAGGCUACUUUAAGAUCUAUUGCUGCUAAUGAAUUCAUAGUUGUUUCUUCUCUUCACGCGAUCAGGCCGCCACCUCUAGCUCCCCUCUGCCGUCUCCUAAACGGCCUUAGGAAACUAAAUGUUAAGUCUGAAAAAUGUGUCCCACCUCAGCGAAAACUAAGGGCCGGCUGGAUUCCCACCGUCAUCCAUGUGAUAUUUAGAUCCCGCUCUUCAGUCCGUGCACAUUCACCAACGCCAACCCCGAUAGUGCCGUCGGUCAAGCGAUUACUUACAAUCAUGCAUUUGUGUCGACAUCCAAAAUACAUCAAAUCUCAUCAAUGAAAAUGUGACAAUGGAUUGUUGCUGCAGGAGUAGAUAUUUAUCCCUGUUCUUUUACUAUUUCAUCUAGAGAAGAGAACAACAGGUUUCGAGGAGGGGGGGGGGGGGGGGGGGGGGGGGGGGGGGGGGGGGGUGGGGGGGGGGGGGGGAGGGGGAGGAGGAGGGGGCAGAAUGUGCUUGGUACAUGCAGUCUGUUCUGAGAUCAGUGUGGUAGUUGACUCUCAUUUAAGACAUUCCUCUCAGCUCCUUUUGCAGUUUUUUUUUUUUACACUAACAUGUUGAGCCUGAUAUCUAGUUCAGUACGUGUGAUACCGAAGACCAAACACAACUUUGUGAAACGGAAGGAAGCAGUGAGAAAGAGGUUGACGUUGCAAUGCUCUGGCCUUGACGCUAGUAGAUAAUUGAUGAAGCUGCUAGCACACAGUCUGCAGGACGGAUGAUGAAUACUCGACCACAUGACUCCCUCACUGUCAUGACAGCGCAGGGUGAAAUCUCUAAAAAGAAGUACUUACUGUUCAGCAGCACCACCGGUUACCAUUUGUUAUUUUCUAUUUGUGUUCUUGAAUUGAAACUCAUCUAACUCUCAUUGGGUUGACAUUUCUUUUUUAAUUAUUAACAUUGUUUUGUUUCUGUUAUGCUUUUAAUCACUCCACAUUGAAGUUUUGUAAGAAAUGUAACGGGGCAUUUAUUUCUUAAGUUGUAACCAGCUAUAUUGGUGUUUAACCUUUGUUUUGCACAUUAACACAUAUCUAUAGCAAGACGAGGGCAGAUGUUUGGCUCAUGAUUAUUUAUGAUUAUCAGGAAGACUGAUAAGAGCACAUAUCAAGGCGACACUGGAUAGCUGUUUAUUAGAAAAGAAAGAAGUCAUAUUAAAGGGACGACAAAGGUUUUAUUUCUGAUAUGUUUUAUGAAAAUAUUUGCGCUGUACAUCGUAAUACUGAUGCUACAUUUGGCUCCUGCUAAAUUAUACCUCUGUUUCUUAAAAUGGUAGACAUGUGACAAGCACAGAUGGGCAUUCAGAGAACGCUGGCCAACCAACCAGUAGUAUGCCCACUCUCUCAUAUGAAAGGAACAUUAGGGUUGAAGGUUUCGAAACAGAGGUAGCCAAUGCCUGUUACAGAUAUUAGUGCAAUUAUUGAGGACAUGUGUUCAUUGGUUGCCGAUGUAAAGACACGAAAAAUAUGCCUCGGAAGUCAGAAUGAGUGAAUAUUGUGGCGCGUCACUGCCCUUGGGUCAGCCAACCUGCUGGUCAGAGAAACUGAAACCUGCUGAAUUGUUUCUGAGAAAAUAUUUUGUCGGUCACAGAAAGAAAAAUAAUAAUGAAAAGCUAUCUAUGCACUGAUCAAGGCUCUCAGUGCAACGUACCUCACAUCCACCUCAGCGUAUUGUGUGAGAUGCGUAUCGAUAUGAAGACCUGUUGGAGCAAACAUUUUCACGUCACUGACUAAUUUGCAGAGGUAUAUUAUUUGGGAUUGUGUAUUUAUUGUUUGCAAUGUACAUAUUAGUUUGCAGCUCUUUGCACAUAUUAAUAAAAGGUUCAACUAACUGAUCAAAUAAAGUCUGUGCGGUUUAGUUGUUCUACUCAGAGUGAACCAAAUGAUGAUGUGGCAGCCUCUUCCAGUCUGAACUGGGAGAGCGUUGAAUGUACUAUGAAGAUGUACUAUGUUUUUCCAUCGUUUAAUUAAAUAAGGAAAAAAGAGAACUAAAAUGUAACGCACUUCAUCUUUUUCAGGGGAGGUGAGUUACAUUAGUUCCUCUUUAUUAGAAAGUGGUUUGAGUGAAAGUCUGCUUUUAAUUUGAAGAAUAUUUACUCACUACUCAUGCUAGCCAGCCACUUGAAUUAUAACAAAAUUAGGUUUUUAACUCAUUUAAUUGUUUUCUAAUAUCAGGGAAUAUAAUAUGAAGUAGCUAGUGACAUCUAAAAUGACAGUAUACUAUUGUUGUAAUGGUGUCUUUCUUCACCUCAACACUUUUGAUUUGUUUUCCGUUGAUGCCUUUAAAAACAAAACUAGCCAUGAUAGUUUCCAUCUUCCCCUCUGACAAUUAAUAUCAGUUAACUGCGUUCCCUUUGGAUUUGUCCACCAAAAGAAAAAAAGACAAACCACAACAUUAACACUGUACAUUAUUUGUCAGACUGGUUUCAUUUUCAUACUUAUUUUGUAAAUAUCUGUGUUGUAUGGAGCUUGAAUUAAAAUGUAAAUAUGUUUACUGUAUUUGUAAUAAUUAUAAUCCAUUCGCUGUAUAGCAUAGAUGUGUCAUGCAGAUAUCCUAAUUCUGUGUAUGGUAAUCUUGCACCAUUGAACUGUUUAGUGAAUGAGGCAAAAAUAAAAGUGCAAACUGUGCAUUAGCAAAACAA